AGCCAACUAGUUAGCUGGAGUAAGUUAGCAAUCGUGUUACAUUGAAGCUACGUUCUUCACAGCGGGCUGUGAAAACUGGCGCGUCUCCUUGGUUUAAACACGUUGUUUUGAUAACGUGUCGUAGAUAUUAAUCGACUAAACAUAUAACAUAAGUUAUCCAGGUGUUCUUUCAAAGCGUUUUUGUUUUAAUAUUUGAAAUUAUCCGAUUUUUAAAUUACUAUACCGUUUUGUUUAGUUGGCUAGCUUGUUAGCAUUAGCCUAAUGUCAGUAAAAGUUCGUCGUUAUUCACAAAGUAGUGAAUAUUGCUAGCUUGUUGUUCAUCUUAGCUAACUCGCUACGUCGACAAAAGUAAGACACCGUAAUAUAGUAGCGUUAGCUUAUCGCUUGCUAGACAUUAAACGUUUGUCUGAAACUUAACAAAGCAAGAGCCGUUUGUUGUGACCAUUUCCUUGACACAUAAAGUGAAGGAGAGAAAAUACAUUAAUAGCUUGCCUGCUAGCUGAAUUAGAAGCUAGCUUGGUUAGUCCUUUUAAGUUAGCUAGCUAGUUAGCUAACUAGCUAAAUGCUUAUCACGAGAAUGGACCUGUUGAACUACCAGUACUUGGACAAAAUGAACAAUAACAUUGGGAGACUACACUACGAAGAUGAGUCAGGUCUCACAGGAGAGUCCAGGAUGCAACCCAUGACCUCUUCCAUGGGCAGUUCCAGAACGGGGCCCCCUCCCGUAAGUCCGAGCAAAAGAAAAUACAUUGGGGAGCACAUUGAGGACCGCAUUGAUUGCGACAAUGAGCAUGUGACCAAAAUGAGCCGACUAUUUGCCGCACAACUGAGGGCAAAAGCUUCAAAUGGAGACAACAGUCAAGACCCCUGGAGUCAUGCCCACAGUCCCUUUGAGUAUCCCGCCUCUGCAAUUAACAAUCUUCAUGGUAACUUAGUGUAUGCACCCUUGCCUAUCUUUGCUAUGGACCAACCCUUGGCUCUGACUAAAAACAAUAUGGACACUGGGCGAACCUCCACAGCUUUGCCAGUCACUGGACCAGUAGAGCGUCAGCAGAAUCGCCCCUCCGUGAUCACUUGUGCCCCCGCGAGCAAUCGCUCCUGUAACCUGUCUCACUGCCACAUGUCCCAUGACAGCUGCGACUCAACCUCCAAGAGCAAAGGAAAUGCCAACAUGGUCUGUGACCCUGUGAUCGAGGAGCACUUCCGCCGCAGCCUGGGCAACAUUUACAAGGAGCCGGAGCCAGCGCCAGCCUCCAACUCCGUGUCCAUUACAGGCUCUGUGGAUGAUCACUUUGCCAAAGCCUUGGGUGAGACUUGGCACCAGAUCAAGGCCAAGGGUAGUGGCUCUCGGGGCCCAGAGUCCUCGUCGUAAAGAAAAAAGUGGCGACAGCCUACAAAUGACAUCCCCUUGAUGAGGUCAUAGGAAAUUACGGUCCCCUGCCCUUCCCCCCUUCUCCCUCUGCAAGCAUUUUUGCUUUAAAGUGCAGCUCUUUGACAGUAUACUUCCAUUUAUAGCCAAACUUAGACGAGCAUUGAACAAAACUAGGGAAAUUAUAUUGCAAAGUGGUAGACCAGAGGAAGGUGUUAUUGUUUUAUAUAAAAUGAGGCCAAAUAGCCAGAGAUUAACGUGAUAGACACAUAGGCCUUGGAGCUUGGCUACCAAAGAAAUCUUAGUGUUAACAAGCCAUUGUUUCAGUGAUAUCCUUUCACCCUGGCUCUUUAACUUUUAUCUUAAUAUAUUAUGUGUGUAUUUUUACUUGAAAUGGACGGCCAAGGCUGGUUUUGCACUAUGGCAUGAGUUGCAGGUAGAGGAAUUAAUGGAGGCUAUUGACAAAAUCGAGCAUCUGGCCAUUUUAAUUAUUUUAUUAUUUUUCACUGCCUUUUUUCACACACCUGAAACUGCCAACGUUUCUUGGGUGGAAGAAGGCCCCACUACACUCAUUGAGUAGAUGUAAAUACAUGUUAAUUCAUAGGAGAGGUGUAAAAUUGAUUUUUACACCUUACCUAAAGCCCAAACAAAGGCCCAGAUGGUCGCUGGAGUCUGCCCAGAGCAGUGGCGGCGCGUGGCGGGUUUGGGUGUUAACUGUGCUGUUGGCAGCCACCAUCAGCCAACCUCUCUCUCUGGUGUCACCAUCCCAGAAGCACAGUGCUGCCUGUGAUUUUUAUUUUUCUUCUUUUUGAAUUAUUUUGAGGAAAUUCUAAAUGUUUAAUAGAGUUCAGCAGGAAACUGCCGGGGUUAAGGAAUCGUAUUUAAGAAAUGGUUCCUGGGCUGAUCUACUGUAAUUGCAGCCCUAAGUAUACUGAAUAUUGUCUUUUUUUUCUUUGGCUGUCUGUAAGGUAAUGAGAACCAACAGGAAUAGAAGACUGUUUGGCUGCUGUUAGGUGCUUGUUCAUUUACCAUUUAUCAUGUUUUGCACUGCAUGACUUUACAUAGAGAGCAAACAUCUACUAAUGUCAGAGUGUGGUCGUCACUCUGUAGUAUAUAGCAUACUUCAAACGUUUUUAACAUGUAGUAUAUAGUAUGCUGCAUACGUUUUUAACAUAUAGUAUACUGCAUACGUUUUUAACAUGUAGUAUAUAGUAUGCUGCAUACGUUUUUAAACAUGUAGUAUAUAGUAUACUGCAUAUGUUUAUGUAGUUAGUAUAUACUAUACGGCAAAUGUUUUUAACAUGUAGUCCAAAAAUGUGCAAAACAUGAUAAGCUGAACAAGGUCUGACGCCUGUUGAAACUCACACUCCAACUUUUAAUUUGUUUUCAUAACAAUUUUGGUCCGUUUUGUCAGCUUUCGCCUUUUUGUUUUGGAUCCUUUUGAGCACUGUCUUUUGGUCCACAUUGACCAGUGGUGUAAAGUAGGCCUACCGCUUACAACCGCAUGCUUGCAAUAGCUGGUAUCUAUUACAAACCAUAUCAUGCUCUAUGCUAAUUACUCUCAGAUUUCGUUUUAUUUUUGUCAGUAACAGUUUAAGAAAUACUUACUGCUGGCACAGUUAUUGUACUCAAUAUAUUUUUUAUAUCAAUACUCAUACGUUUGCCUCUCGCUUGAAAGAUAAAGGCCUCUGGAAAGGCAAGCUGCUGCGUUGGGGGGGGGCCAGGUCUCCCCCCCUCCCCCGAUCACUGCAGCGCAGGAUGCGUUGGCUUCAUGCAGAACUGUAUCAUGUAGAAAUCAAACUCUUAACAUCUGCAGACUGGUCUACUAAUAAUGAACUCUUCACUAUCUUAUCCUGUUAUUUUUGUUUAAAAAAAAAGAAAAGACGAUUGCCAUUUUUUGCAAGAGGACUCUGAAUGAAGAGGGUGUACAUUCCUAGCUUCGGGUCUAAUUCCCCCCAGGUGCACAGGUGUGCUUGGAGAGGAUCAGAAUCCACUGGUUCAGAUGGAGACCUCCCAUGCUGAUGAAGACACACUGGGUGUUGCAGUUGGUCUCAUGUUAAUAUCUUUUCCGUUCAUGGUCCAUGAUGGUGAUGUGGGUUAGCAGAUCUCUCGUCCAUUUCAUCUGUUUCUGGACUGUUGUCUGAGUUAACAGACACAGUUGUGAACGCUUUACCCUUGACAUUUCUCAAAUUAUAACAAUUUGUCGCUACCUCUGACAAAUGUGUGGGAUUCACUCAUACCCAUGUCAAAUGAACAGUGAGAGAUACGCAGUGGUUGAACAUAAAAGUUGACAACAUGAGUGGCGGCCAAGACACUAAUUAGGUGAUGCCACUCUGUGAACGGUGUCCUGAUUCACUCCGUUCUCAACAGUUCUGUUUUGGUCUACUGGGUUGUGCCAUGUGUGCUAACAGUGGCCGCAUGGUUGCCAUAGAGGGAAUUUAUGAACACGAACAGGCUCUCUCUGUUGUUGUUUGUCAGACGUUAUAUUAAAACACAUUAGUUAAGUCGGACGUUAUAUUAAAACACGUUAGUUAAGUUGGACGUUAUAUUAAAACACAUUAGUUAAGUUGAAUAGAAAAGGUGGUGGGUUACUCUGGAUGUUUCCACAGCUUUGUUAGGUGUGCUUGCGCAUGCUCAAGCCUGCUGGUCUGGAUUUGUUACUUCAUUACAAGGGUGUGUGUCUUGUGACAACUUGUUGAAAGUGUAGUAUUGGGUUGAGAUGAGAGCCCAUACUAAAAAAGCCUGGCCUUUUGUUUUUAAAGCUAGCCAUCAACUUGUCAAAAGCACCGCUCACCUUUGCUGUUGCUUUUUUGAAUUUGCAUCGUGACUUCGAGCCAUUGGAUUUGGUUAGGAAACUUUAAACACAAUAAAUAUGCCAUCAUCCCCCGUGCAUAUUUAAACCAGAUUCCCAUAUGUUGUGGGAGGCCUGUAUUGACUCCAGAUCUCCACUACUUUCUUUCAAUCUCUUAAAUUUGUAUACCUUUGCCUUUUUUCCUUUGGCUGUUUUUGCCUCUCUAAUGAAAGAGAUGGAGAGGCACUGACCGUGUGAGAAGGGUCAGCCAUGCAUGAUAUGGGCCUGUAACAGUGGAAGGGCAAUGGCUUUACAAGGAAAGAUAGUCUGAUUGGCUCGUGCAUGGAUGGCUGGGUCGUGUGUCCAUCUGCAGUGGAUGGCAGGGAGGCCCCACAGAUCACUGGCCCAACACCAGCAGAUCCUCCGGGACUAAACAGGCAACUAUGACAGGUAGCCCCAGGUUCACGACCCCGUUGCUACAGGCAACUAUGACAGGUAGCCCCAGGGUCACGACCCCGUUUCUACAGGCAACUAUGAGAGGUAGCCCCAGGGUCACGACCCCGUUGCUACAGGCAACUAUGAGAGGUAGCCCCAGGUUCACGACCCCGUUGCUGGUUCAGAAGCUCUGAAAGGGCUGUGUCAUUGUUAGCUGCUCAUGAGACUUUGUUGUUUGUUUGUUUGUUUGCUUUGCUCACUCUCCACAAAUUGGUUAGUUCAGUCCGGUGCCAUGCAAGGUAAAGGUGCUGUAGGUAAAAUAACAUUGAAUGAAGCAUUCAAGUUUCCGUGAGCAGCGUGUGUAAACGCCACAAUGUAAUGGUGGUACACAAGAAAUGACCCGGAUAAAACAACCUCUUUAUUAAUUUGUCUUGUGAAAGGGGGCAGAUCACAUAUACUGAUCUCGAGCCUGAAAAAGUCAUCAUCAAGAUCGUCCAAAAUGUCUGGAUGAACUCGUCCUCUCCCACUCAGUUUCAGUAGCUACUUGAGAUUUCUGCCAGCCGCAUUCGUCUUUCUCCUUACCUUACCACGGUGCUGCUUAUUGCACGUUUAGACAUACACACUCCUUUGUUGCAGACAGAUUAGAGAAGCGCUCAGUAGCGUAAGACUCAUGGGAGUGAAAAGCCUUAUUGACCGCGAGAUGGAUGCUUUCAAAUUUGACAAACACAGCUCAUUUGUUUGUGCUGACGCUAAAAGAACAGUCCAUAUAGCGCUAUAAAAGCUAUACGUUGUCUGAGACGGAGCAUUCUGGGUAGUCUGUGGAGAAAGUUGUUGAACUCGGCUUUCGAGAAUUCUUGAAGUGUGUUCGGAGUUUAUCACUCACCAUUAUUCAGCGUCUAGUGUCAAGGAUGUGUUCAGUGGACCCUCAUUCAGAGACUCUUGCCAUUUCUACAAGCUUUUCAAGUUCCUUGUGAUUCGAAACGCUUCCUUUUUAUCACUAUACUGUACGUGUAAGACUAAGACUAUCAUUGCGCCGUGCGUGAUGAACACUACUUUUUUUUUUCUUUUUGCCUCAAGAGUAGAUGGUUCAUGAUGGGUAGUUUAUUUAAUAUUCAUUAUUCUGUCAGCAUGCAUUUAUAUCAUUUAAAAAAGUUGAUCUUUUUUGAAAGACCCGUCAUAAGUAAAUCAAGUGCAGUUUUGUGGAGGUUGAUUUUGUCGGGAUGGCCUAAUGAUGAGGAGAACACUGAAGACGUCACAAACCAGACCAAAGUUCCUCGUCGUGAGAACUGCCCGUUUGAUAUGGGUCGGUCUGCUGAUGCAGGAGUUCAGUGCCGCUGGUCAAAGCAUCCAUCAAGAGCACUGUAUUCAGACAUUUCUGUUGAAAUGCCAUUAACAGUUUGUAAUAAUGUGUUCUUUACAUGGUGGCCUUAUUUUUUUUGUGUUUAUUAAAAAAAAAAAGAGAAAAAUAAUGCAUUUUAUACUCCCUAACCUUAAGAACAUUAAAGUGCUUUUAUCAGA